ACUGUGCCUCUUAAUACCCCCAAAAUGAACCUCAGCAGCUGCAAUAUCACAGCCUAUGAAAGCUUUCCCCUUGUCCAGCUGUGUGUUUACAUCCCAGUUUUGCUUUUGGGCAUUUUGCUGAACGUGUUGGCGCUGUGGAUGUUCUGCUGCAAACUCGGCAAAUGGACAGAAACCAGAGUAUACAUGGUCAACUUGGCUGUGGCUGACUGCUUGCUGCUCGUUACUUUGCCUUUUAAAACUCUAUCCCAGUUGCAUCAGCUGAAGGUAGGUAGAUGGUGCCUGGUUCUGGAAAGUGGCUAUUUCAUAAACCGCUUAAUGAGCAUCGGUAUCAUCACUGUCACAGCAGCUGAUAGGUACCUUGCAAUCAAGUACCCAUUGAAAGCCAAGGUGCUGAGGUCACCACUGAAGGCAGCUUUUGCCUCUGGAUUUCUUUGGAUAGUCAUCAUCUGUGUAAUGACCCUCAUUAAAAAGUUAGAGGACCGAGGACAAGAUGAACUUUGCUUUGAAAAAUCUUCUGUUAAGCCCUCAGUGAUCACACUGUGUGCUAUUAUUGUAGGGUUUUUUAUACCAUUGACCAUCUUGAGUUAUUGCUCCAUACAAGUCAUUGCAGAACUCAUGAGAAAGAAGAAUGAAAACUGUCACAAGGAGAAGUUAAUCAGGAAGGCCGUCUACAUUGUGUCUGCAAACAUGGCUGUGUUCAUCGUAUGCUUUUUACCGCUUUACCUUGGGCAUCUCCUUCGCUUUAUAAUGGAAAGUUCCAUCAGUUCCAACUGCUCUGCAAUACAGAGGGUUAAUAAUUUUGUUCACCUCGCCUCAGUCCUCGCAAACACGAACUGCUGCCUGGAUGCUAUUUGUUACUACUUUGUCAACAAGGAAUUUAAGGAAGCAUCUUCCAAGCUAACGAAGUCCAAAUCCGAAGCCAGUGAAGAAGCUGAAAUUCAGCUCCCAUGCAUUACACGUUAG